UUAGGAUUCGAUCUAAAUAGAAUCUCGUCCAGCGUUUCUCCCACGCUUCUCUCUCCACCUGCUCCCCUUGAAACAGAGCGUGGAUUCCUCGCUCAAAUAAGAGAUGGAAUUUUUCUGUUCAUCAACGAAGGCAUCUUUGUUUUGCUAGGGUUCUUUCAAAUUAGAGAGAUCUCUGCUUGAUUCAAUGGUUUGUGGUUAGGUUUUAGUAGAUCUUCGUCUAGAAUUGGAAUAGGCUUUCGGGUUUUUGAUCAGUGGGAGUAUGGGAGCUGGAGCCUCGAGUAUUAUGAGACAGGGAGGUCACGGAGGAGUUCAGGAAACGGGGCUAGGGGACUUACCGGAAAGUUGCAUAGCUGAGCUGAUGCGACACCUCGACCCCCCGGGGAUCUGCAAGCUGGCGAAACUUAGCCGCACUUUCCGGGGAGCAGCUUCGGGGGACUUUGUGUGGGAGACUAAGCUUCCAAGAAACUACCAAUACCUUAUGGAAAAGGCAUCGGAUGAAGUGGAACAAAGGGUUCUGCUGACUAAGAAGGAAAUCUACGCACAGCUUUGUCGUCGGAACCGCUUUGAUGGGGGAGCAAAGGAAUUCUGGCUAGAGAAGUACGGGGGAAGGCUUUGCAUGUCUAUUUCUUCAAAGGCUUUGCUUAUAACAGGGAUAGAUGAUCGGAGGUACUGGAAUAAUAUUCCCACUGAGGAAUCCAGAUUCCAUUCAGUUGCUUAUCUUCAUCAGAUAUGGUGGUUUGAGGUAGAUGGGGAAAUUGAAUUCUGCUUCCCUCCUGGCACAUACAGCCUAUACUUCCGCCUUCACCUGGGACGACCCUCGAGGCGUCUUGGCCGCCGUGUAUGCCACACCGAGCACAUCCAUGGCUGGGACAUCAAGCCUGUCCGCUUCCAGCUGUGGACUUCGGACGGCCAGCAUGCUUUGUGCCAAUGCAAACUAGCUGAUCCUGGCCGUUGGAUACGCUACCAUGUUGGUGAUUUUAUGGCCGGGAGCGCAGAUGUUCCAACUAAACUCAAGUUCUCUAUGAAGCAAAUAGACUGUACUCACACAAAAGGGGGUCUCUGUGUGGAUUCAGUGUUAAUCUGUCCCAAGGGGUUGAUUCAAGAGUAGAUCUCUCCCCUCCAUCUGUAAGUUUUUUAAAUCAGUUGGAGUUAUACCAAGGCAAAAUUAGCGAUCUAAAAAAGAUCCUAAUAUAUUUUUUUUUAAUUUACCGUAUGUUAAAUAGCUUCUCAAUGAUGCCUGAUCAAGUGAUCAUAGUAAUCUGUACAUGUAAAUUUUCUUUUCAAUUUUGAGUUCGAAGCUUUGUAUUGUAUGAACUGUGAAUUUGUUACAGGGGUUAAAGUAUGCCUUCCGAGUGAUCGAAGGAGGAUAUUUUCCUUCCUUCUCAGAUAACAGGCAAAUUUAUUUUGUGCAGAGACCGCACGAAAGCUUACAUUCGGAUUUGUUGUGCUUUUAAUGUAUUUUUGCAAAAGUCAGUUAAUAUACAAUUUUAAUUGCAUAUUAGCUGUACUUUUAUUAUACUUUUGUUGAGUAUUUGCAAAAAAUGCUACAAAAAGGCAGCCAAUACUCAAUGAAUAAAAUAUUGGCUGCACUUUUAUUGCGCAUUUCUUUUAUUUUUAUAAAAGAAUAGCUAAUAUGCAGUUAAAAUUAUAUAUUAGUUUUAUUUUUGCAAAAAUACAACAAAAGUGUAAUAAAAGAACGAAAGCUUGCGUGUGGUUUCCCACAGAAUAAUUUGCCAGAUAACGGAAGGCUACUGUUCAGAUGCAGAUUGAGUUUGUUCUUGUAAGUUUGCUUAUUGCUGGAAUCUAAUUUACUAGUCUAAA